AUGGCGCCUGUCCCGUCGGGGGACACCGACCCCGAUUAUAGGGCGCGGAGCUACCAGUUGGAGAUGUUCGAGGCGAGCCUGAAGGACAAUAUCAUCGUUGCGAUGGGCACAGGAAGCGGUAAAACACACAUUGCUCUGCUCCGUAUCAUGCACGAGUUGGAGAACGGCGAUGGGACGAAGUUAAUAUGGUUCUUGGCACCAACCGUCGCCCUCUGCCUGCAGCAACAUCGUGCCAUCUCCCAACACAUCCCUGCUGCAAAGUCUCGCACGCUCACUGGACUGGACAAGGUUGAGCUGUGGACGGAGCAGGUGGUCUGGGACGCCGUGCUGAAUGAUAUCCAGGUUGUCGUCUCGACCCCUGCUGUACUUCUGGAUGCAAUGACCCAUGGCUUUGUUAGGAUUUCCCGCCUGGGGUUGAUCAUAUUCGAUGAAGCGCACCAUUGCACUCAGAACCACCCAGCAAAUAGGGUGAUGAGAUAUUUUUACCAUCCAAACCGUGCAAAAUCUGGCCCCAACGCUGUUCCCCGCAUUUUGGGUCUGACAGCCAGCGCUGGUUCUAAUCGUGAUGAAUUACGAACAAUCGAAGACAACCUCAAUUCGGUCUGCACCACUCCCCAAGCACACCGUCAUGAACUGCUUGAGCACACCCAUAGGCCUCACUUGCAGCGUGUCCUAUAUAUGCCACAAGCAAUUGAAGGUGCUUCGCUCUGGGGCGGAACUGCAAAGGCCCUCGUUGAGGCUUAUCAAAAGUUGGACAUAGAAAACGAUCCUUACAUUAAAAAACUUAAAGCUAGCGAGCCACAUGGAAUAGCGCUACAGCAGGCGCUCAUGACUGGGGAAACUUACUGCAGCGAGCAGCUCAAAAAGUUUGUUCGCAAGGUUGCCCAUAUUUCAACUGAGCUUGGGCCAUGGGCAGCCAACUACUUUAUCUGGGAAUCAACUCAGCAGCUCCGUGGGGGUGCUUUCAAUACUUCGCUCAUGGUAAACAUGGACGAUGAUGAACAGAAGUAUUUGAUUGACAUUCUGUCAAAAUUGCCCGUCCCCGAGUUUCACAUCCACUCUACCAAUCCUGCAGACUUUCCGGUGUCACCGAAAUUCGAGGCUUUGAUAUCCUUCUUACUCAAUGCCGAUGAGUCCGAAUUCUCCGGGCUUAUAUUUGUGCAGCAGCGCGCAACUGUUGCUGUAAUGGCCCACCUGCUUUCGGUUCAUCCUUCCACAAGGGAUCGCUUUCGCACCGGCGGUUUCAUUGGAAUAUCAAACUCUACCAAGAAGAAAGACAUGUUGGGUGACAUCCUCACGGUAAAGAUGCAGCGAGAUACAUUGGACGAUUUCCGACACGGCCGAAAGAAUCUGAUUGUUGCCACUGAUGUGUUGGAGGAGGGCAUUGACGUGAGCGCGUGUAGCGUGGUGGUAAGUUACGACAAGCCGCCGAACCUUAAGUCGUUUGUGCAGCGACGCGGACGUGCUAGGCGCCAGCACUCAACGUAUGCAAUGGUUCUUUCAACGGAAGACGAUGCUUUAUUGUUAGAAAAAUGGCACAACGUGGAGAAAACGAUGGAAAAGGCCUAUCAAGAGGACAGGAGCCGCUUGGAAGAACUCCGUGCGCUGGAAACCAUCGAUGAAGAUGUCCAUGCACAGUUUAUCGUAGAAUCCACGGGAGCUAUUUUAACGGCUGAUAAUGCCAUGCAACACUUAUACCACUUCUGCUCCACUCUUCCGAGCCAGAGACGGGUUAGAACGAAGCCCGAGUUUUCGUUUGAGAGACACGAGGGUGGUGCGUUGAAAGGCAAAGUGACGCUGCCCAGCUGCGUAGUCCCAUCGGUUAGAUGCGCAGAGGGGAGGCAGUGGUGGAAGACAGAGCGUGCGGCAAGAAAGGAAGCUGCUUUCCAAGCGUAUAAGGCAUUAUACGAGCAUGGACUGCUGAAUGACAACAUCCUCCCGCUGACCAAGAGUCAGGACUUUACUAAACGCGAUCGCCGUUUGCUAGGAGCCAUGACAGAGGUCCUGGAUCAAUAUGACCCAUGGGUGGACUGGGCAUAUGCAUGGAAGCUAUCGAAGAUGCAUAAAACCCGCAUCACUGUUCGCCUGAACGAAGACGAGGUAUAUAUGAACUUGUUUUCUCCGGUUCCAACGCCGCUACUUGAACCGCUCACCCUGUUUUGGGAUAACGAGUCAACAUAUACUCUCGAAUUCGGAAGCUCAGAGCCCGUCCUAAUGACCGACCAAAGUGUUGAGAGCUUGAGAACUAUCACUGCCUUAUACCUACAAGCCACCUCGACGGGAUGGCUGGCUGAUCAGCGCGACUUUACCACCCUGUUUAGCCCGAACUUGCAUCCGAGGGAGUGGAUGGCCUGGCUAAGCGCGAAUCAAGGGUACGAGCCAGCAAAGGAAGUUUUCUCCAGUCAGAGAAAUGUCGACCGUAUAGGCAUCGUCCGAGACAAGUCUCGUUAUGACGGUAUUCUAUUGUUCAAUAGAUGGGUCAAGGGAGACGACGAGCUUGAGCUUGAAUGCGAUCCGUUUCCAAAACGAAGGAAUCUUCUUCAAAGGCAAAGACCCGCCACAAAAGGAUACGACAGCGAUGAUCAACUAGAAUCACCUAAGAAGAGGCGUAUUAUUCCUGCUGACCAAUGCGCAAUAAGCAGACUCCCCGCCAAAGAGACAGUAUUCGGUCGGUUCAUUGCUAAUAUCCUUAACAGACUAGAGGUCGCACUGAUUGCGACUAAGCUAUGCGAAACGAUUUUACGAGAUAUACACUUUAAUGAGCUACGACAUGUAAUAACCGCGAUUACGACACCAGCUGCUGGGGCACCAACGCACUACCAACGCUAUGAGUUCUUCGGUGAUACGGUACUCAAAUUCAGUGUUGCCUCCUUUCUUUACCACCAACACCCGAACUGGCACGAGGGCUAUCUUACCUCAGGCCUUGCAGCAAUUGUCGAGAACCAUCGCCUGGCCCGAGAAGCAGUUGAUCGCGGUCUUGGAUCUUUUAUCAUCACCAAAGAAUUUAACGCGCGCAAAUGGUCUGCUCCGUUGAUAUCUGAAAAGAUCAACACGAGCCGAGAUAGGCGCAAUAUGUCCACAAAAGUCCUCGCCGAUGUUGUCGAGGCGCUUAUCGGCGCUGCAUACAUUGAUGGGGGCCUUGUUAAAGCACAUGCCUGUAUUAGCCAAUUUCUUCCAGAGGUUCGGCUCCAAAUACCCAGGCCUGAUAGUGGCCCUAUGUCUCAGGACCAAGACCACCAGCCGCAUCUCAUCCAGCAGGACACCCUCGAGGAGAACCUUGGCUACACCUUUAAUGAUAAAUCACUACUAAUGGAAGCUCUUACCCACGGCUCGUGCCAACACGAUGCCUCAACGCAGUCUUAUCAGCGCCUCGAGUUCCUCGGCGACGGUGUUCUCGACAUGCUCAUCGUGGACACCAUCCUCAAGCAUCCUACCGAGCUACCACAGGGAAAAAUGACCAAGAUCAAGGCUGCUGUUGCAAAUGCUAGCCUCCUCGCGUUUCUAUGCCUGGAAUUCUCCUGGCCAAUGCCAUCACGCCGCCCAACAAGUGCUUCCGAAGCAGAAGUCGGAAUUAAGUCAACAGAACAUGCUGCAGAAACGCUCCACUUAUACACCUACCUCAGACACUCUCCCGGCACACCUCUGAUAACCAAUAAUUCGAAACCAGGCUCUCCCGCUAACACUGCUCUGACCCGCUACACAACCCUCCGCCCCGCAAUCCUACACUCCCUCCACACCUCAAUGACCUAUCCCAGGGAGCUCCUUUCCGCUCUCAACCCCGACAAGUUCUUUUCCGACAUCAUCGAGUCCAUUAUUGGCGCCCUAUUCGUCGACUCAGGCGGGGAUCUAACUCCAUGCCGCGAGUUCAUCCACCGACUAGGCCUGGUGCAAUACCUGGAACGCAUCAUUGACGAGAACAUCGACGUGGAACAUCCAAUGCAGAAGGCGCAGAUGGGCUUGCAAAAAUUAGCGAGUAAGGCUGGAUCACCGUGGAAGUUUGGGGUUUCCACCGUGAGGGUAUCAGGCUCGAAGCGGGAGAACAAGCGCGUGUAUAAGGCCGUUGAUGUCGACAGCGAAGGCGAUGUGGCUAUAGAUGUUGACGCUGACGCGGUUGAAGACCAGAGUGGAGAUUUGGAUUCAUCUGAUCCUGGCUCUGGCUCUAGUGCUGAUUCUGAUUCUGACUCUGAUCUCGAACUCGACCCUGGUGGGGGCCCAACGUAUACGUGCACGAUUCCAGUGAACGGCCUUGGGUUUGAUGUUGAGGAGGUUGUUGUGAGAGGUUGCUUGAGCAGGGAGGACGCGGAGGUACGGGCUGCUUGUGUGGUGAUCCAGUUACUGACGCAGAAAGGAGUGAUCAUUGAGGCAGAUGAUGGAGCGGGCGAUAGAGAAGAAGAAUUGGAACAGGCCGAGGUAGCGUCAUAG